AUGGCGUCGUCCUCCGAGCAGGCGUCAGUGAGCGACCAAAUCCGCCAGCUCAACGACGCUCGCAAGCUCGUUCUCGGCGACGUCAAGUACUACCCGACCGUGGUAAAGAGCAUCCUCCCGAUCGUCGGUCCCUCCGCACGUGUCGAACUCCGAAGAUGGGGCGCCGAUUUUCUCGCAGAGGCCUUUGCGACGCCUGCCCUCCCCGGAAGUGAGAAGGAAACAAUGCAGCUCUUCGUGCUGGACACGCUGCAAACUAUGGUCGAGAACCCAAACGAAGAUGCACAUGUUCUACGGAGUGCUAUACAAACAGCGGCUAGCAUCUAUCCCUUUGCGCUGAGAUGGAUCAUUAACAACUCGUACGACACCCUCACGUGGGAGCGGAUGGUCGCCAUCAAGACGAGGAUAUUGAGGAUAUGGGACGAUGCCGAACCUACGGUGCGGAUAUGCUGCAUUAAAUUUGCCCAGCGAGUGGUUUUGGCGCAAUCGGCAGCCAACCCACAGGAACCAAGGCGUGGUGACUCUCUCGACAUAUCCCUUGAUAAAAUCCCCCCCAACCACCAGACAUUGGACUCUCGAACCCUUGACGCUGAAGGAGCCGGGUUGCUGGAUAGAAUGCUGGGUGUACUGCAGGAGAACAGCAGUGAUGUACUCAUUGUUGAUGCCACUCUCAACUGCCUUUCAAUCCUGAUCCGCACUCGGCCAGGUACGGCCAACAGGAUCUUGAAUGCCGUACUCAACUUCAACCCACUGAAACUGGCCAACUCGCCCAUGACUCCCAAGACCCGUGUAAUGGUGAAGUCCAUGGAGAAGACCACGCGUAUGCUACUGAUUCAUCUGUCUAAACGCGACCCUCAUAACCCCAUGGCGCCGCGCAUCCAGCAGCAUGUGGAGAGGAUGAUGCGCAUGCGGAACGAGAUCUUUGACGAGGCUGGCCGUAAGCGAGCCCUUGAGGCUCAACAUCAUGACGGCAUGGAUCCCAAACGCCAGCGAAUGGUGCCGCAAAUCUCAUCGACGCCGCAAAUACAAAUCACACCAUUACCGCCAGGUCCUCAUAGCUUAGGUGAUGUCUUUACUCUCACAGGAAGCGAAGGGCUUAAGGCGUUUGAUGUGGCAACUCUGCCUACAGCUAUGGCCGCCAAAAUCAGCAUCACUACCCUGCUCCGUACAGAUCAUCAGCUACUCACCAAAGCCAUCGAAGGUAUUCGGGGACGACUGAACGCCUUGGCCGCUCAGCCGCCACCGCCUCUCAACCCCGAGACUGCUCCAUUGGGUGUUGAUGAGGAUGAUGACGACUACGAGCCUGACUUCUUCGCGGCCGAGGAUAAUGAGCAGAUCUUGAAUAAGCUUGAUAGUGACUCCGUGGCCAAGCCAGACGAUGGAGACCUUGGCCUCAAAUCAUUCAAGCUACCUCCCCCACCGGCGCUCACGCCGGAACUGGCGCUCAGCGCGGGUCAAGGCUCGGUGAUGUCGUUGUUCCAAUUCGUAAAGACGCUGGAAGACCCUGCCAAGAAGUCCAAGUCGGGUAUCAACAGGUUGGCUGCCAGUAGCAACGAUCGGGAAUCCUGGAUUGCCAUUAUUACCCGCUUGGCCAGCCGGUCGUCUGCUGGCUUAGAGGGUGUCGAUGUCAAAGAUGAGAAUAGUAGUUCCGUCGCACGAUUGUCCCUUGGGAACAGUAUCAGAGACUCCUUGUACAGCUACGUUCUUGAAGACUUCCGAAGACGAAUUGACGUAGCCAUUACUUGGUUGACAGAAGAAUGGUACAACGAUCAACUGCAGAAGAAACAGGAAGGAGACCACCCUCUGCACUACGAGAAGUGGGCGCUAAAGUUGAUUGAUGGUUUCUCGCAAUACCUUAAUGCCCAAGACAAGGUUCUCACGCGGUUCUUGGGCGAAAUCCCCGAGCUUAGCGCGGCAAUCCUGUCGCGGGUGAAGCUCAUGUGCCGAGACCCGUUGGUGGUGCCACUGGCUCUUACGAGCCUGUUGUACCUAGUCAUGAUGCGACCACCAGUCAAGGAGCUUGCUCUGGAUACCGUCCAGGAUAUCUGGACAGAGUUUGAGGACGCGCGACCAUUGGCCGCGAAGUAUUUGGUCAAGUUCAGGCCGGCCUUCCUCGAGGCGGCCAAGGGCGACGCGGAAAACACCACUGCUGCCGCGGCAACCAACAACACGACGACAAUCGCGACAUGA